ACCAGCGUAGAAUUCUCACGCGACACCUUUUCCGGUUACUCAUCAACAUAAAUAAUUUUCUGCAUAAAAUAGAUUUUUUUUUUCGGAAGGGCUGUUGCAAGGAAACAGAAAAUGUCGGACCGAAAGGCAGAGUUGGAGAGAAAGAAGGCUAAGCUGGAGAUGAUGCGCAAGGAAAGGCAGGAAAAGGAACGAAUAAAGAAAAUGAAAGAGCAAACAGAUGAUACUCCUAAGCCACCAAUGUCACAGAGUGCUCGUGAUGAAGCUGACAAGUUAUUACAGGACCUUGGUAUACCCCCAGCAGGUGAGGUAGUUGAGACCACAACACCUUCAGAUAAAGGUUCCGAGUCAACAGAUGGUAGUAAAGAACCUACGCCACACCCAACACCAACUAAAAUUAAAGGGAAAAGUGUAAAGUUAGCUGUAGCAAAAGUAUCUGAGACAAAUAUUCCACCACGAGAAAAUGUGACAUACUGUAAGGAGACGCAGACCGUGGGACUUGAACCUGUAGAGAGAGAUGGACAUGCAGGGUUACACCAUC